UGCGCGCCUCAGUUCAAGAUGGCUACCGGAGACAACAGCGGUCGGGUUCCGUGUUUAAAUUUCUCCGGACCCGGACCUUUGAGGAACAGCCAACCGAGCAACAGUUCAUACGCUUUGGCCGCGAGUCACGGAGGAUCGGUUGGAGGCGGCGGAGGCUCUCAGGGCGUAACGAGACGCUCAAAUCCCCAACCGGGGCCUGUGAGUUUGGAAAGCCCCGGUGUUGCGUCAGGACCUCCGCCGAACCUGGUGAACUCUCCCCCGGCUGCCGCGGCGGAGGUGGGGCCGCUGCCUCCGACCGCCUCGAACAUGACCGGGAACCCGUCUAAUAACGCUGCGAUGCACUCGUCUCUGUCCGCAGCCGCCGUGCUCGUGUACCGGGAGCCUGUUUAUAACUGGCAGGCGACGAAAACCACAGUGAAAGAGAGAUUUGCGUUUCUGUUCAAUAAUGAAGUACUGAGUGAUGUUCACUUUCUAGUGGGGAAAGGAAUCGGAGUCCAGCGGAUACCUGCGCACAGGUUUGUUCUGGCCGCUGGCAGUGCAGUAUUCGAUGCCAUGUUUAAUGGAGGCAUGGCCACCACAUCCACAGAGAUCGAGCUUCCUGAUGUAGAGCCUGCUGCGUUCCUGGCAUUGCUCAAGUUCCUGUACUCCGAUGAGGUACACAUCGGACCCGAGACAGUGAUGACGACUCUCUACACCGCUAAGAAAUACGCCGUUCCUGCUCUGGAGGCCCAAUGUGUGGAGUUUCUGAAGAAGAACCUGCGCGCAGACAAUGCGUUCAUGCUGCUCACACAGGCGAGACUGUUCGACGAGCCACAGCUGGCCGCUCUGUGUCUGGAGAACAUCGACAAAAACACCGGAGACGCUCUCGCUGCUGAGGGAUUCACCGAUAUUGAUCUGGACACGCUGGUGGCGGUGUUGGAGAGAGAUACUCUGGGCGUUCGUGAGGUGCAUCUGUUCGGAGCCGCGGUGCGCUGGGCAGAAGCGGAGGCUCAUCGACAGCAGCUGCAGCUCACGCCGGAGAACAAGAGACGUGUGCUGGGGAAAGCCCUCAAUCUCAUCCGCUUCCCGCUCAUGACCAUCGAGGAGUUCGCCGCAGGUCCUGCUCAGUCGGUCAUCCUGACGGACAGAGAGGUGGUGAGUCUGUUCCUGCACUUCACGGUGAAUCCUAAACCACGUGUGGAGUUCAUCGACCGGCCGCGCUGCUGUCUGCGAGGGAAAGAGUGCAGCAUCACGCGCUUCGGGCAGGUGGAGAGCCGCUGGGGGUACAGCGGGACCAGCGACCGCAUCCGGAUCUCUGUCAGUCGCAGGAUAUUCAUUGUGGGCUUUGGUCUUUAUGGAUCCAUACACGGACCUACAGACUAUCAGGUCAACAUACAGAUCAUUCACACGGACAGUAACACCGUUGUGGGUCAGAACGACACGGGCUUCAGCUGCGACGGAUCGGCCAGCACCUUCAGAGUCAUGUUCAAGGAGCCGGUGGAAGUUCUGCCCAACGUCAGUUACACGGCCUGCGCUACGCUAAAGGUGACCGCAGCCCAUCGCUAGCUCAUAGAAAGCUGCUUAAACAAACACUGGCUCACUUUCAGUAUUAUUGAAUACUGACUUGGGAUUCCAUCCAGAGAUGAGAUUGUGUAA